AUGUUUACAGCAGUGCAUAGACACGUCGGACGCUUAUCAGGCGAUCAACCAAACAUCAAAGAUAAUGAUUUGAAAUCUAUACUCACCAACGUUUAUGAUGUUUUCAUUGAAUAUGGUGUGAUUAAUCAUGUUUUGACAUCGCAAGACAGUUUGAAUGCGAUGAAAUUUUUUUGUAAACAUAUGGUUAAUAAUCAUAUGCAGAAAAAAAUUCUACGUGCUCAAAUCAUCGACCAUGAAAUGUUUACUUUGAUAAGAAAUACAAUCCUAUCGAUCGUUGAAAAAAACAAUCAGUUAACCGAGCAAGACUGGGAUCCGUUUCACGCCAUGGCCGUAUUGUUGACAUCGGCAUUAUCUCCUGUGCAAUUUGACGAUGGAAGAGUAAACCGACUCGUUAUAGAAACAUUUUGUAGCGACGCAUUCUUCAAUGCCGUGAAACAAUGUAUGGAAAAUUUAUCGUCAACCACUGAGCAAACUAAUCCAACGAAAUAUCGCAUUCUUAGUUAUGUUUUUCGACAUAUUUACGCGCAUAGUAAGACGUACCGAAGCAGAAUUCGAAUACUGUUUUUAGAUCUUGCGGUGCGAUGUGUAACAUCAAAACAUUACGUUGAUCAAUUUGAGAAAAAUGAAGAAGCAUCAAAAGAUUUUUUCCUAUUGGAUUGUCCCAGUUUUGUUCUUCCGAACUCAAUCGAUCGACACAGCGAAAUUGCGAAAACUCUAUGUCCAUCUCUGUUGCAAGACUAUCGAACCAUUUUAGCUUAUCGUAUUCAACGAAAAUCAACUGAUUCGCACAAAAAUGUUUAUCUUACUUUCUAUUUGAAGUUAUUGAACUUUUGUACAGCAAUCGAAUCAACACGUGAUAUGUUCGUACAAUACAUACCAUCGAUCAUCACGCAAAUCUUUACUGUUCUGAAAGAUUAUCUUGUUUUAGAAAGUGAUAAAGCCAUUACGGGCAUUAAAGAUGAACAACUCGUCAUUACUAUUCUCACAUUGAUCUAUAAUUUGUUGCCAAAUUCAGCAAUCAAUGUCGCGAUUAAAGAAAACGCACCGAUGUCAGUUUUAGUGUUACUCAGCGGUAAAGAACAAUUACAAAUGACGAACGGCAACUUUGAACGAAAAAAGUAUGUCAUUCCAAAAGCGAUUCAAAUCGAAGCUCAAAACCUUCUUCCUCUGCUAAUGGAGGAUGUUGAACAAUUAGAGCGACCUGAAGAAAUCACACGUGCGUCAGUGACAUGUUUAGCUAAGGCUGUUAAAAGUGAAUCACAUAUGUGUAGUGGAAUGCAUGCUAGUAGCGUACUAAUGAAUAUGAAUACUAUCGUGCAGAAUGAUCAAGUCAAAGAACAGAUUGUUGAGCAAGGCGCUCUUCGGCUAUUGUCUGAUUGCGUCUGUGAUCCAAGUAUUGCCAUUGAGGAAAUUCGGCAACCAGCAUUAGGUGUAAUCUGGACAGUUAGUUUCAAUCCAAGAGCUGCGUGUAUAUGGAAAACAGAUCAAGCGCUCAUAGCUCAGCUAUUUGAAAUCGAUAGGACGAAUGUCAAUCAGCCGCAAUCGGUAGCAAACAAUAUCCUUUGGCAAUUAGUUAACGAAGAAAGAUUCGUAGCUACACAAUCAAGCAUCCAACGCAUGUUAGUUUUACCAAAUGGGCGAAUGCAAAACAGUGAUGAUGCACUGUGGGUUAACAUAAAUACGCCUGGCGGUGAGAUCGUUGUCUUCCGAGAAAAUCUAACGCAAGAACAAAAGGAAAUGUUGAAAGCUGAACGCGAACAGACAGCAAGUCUACCCACCAAUAACAUCCAACUGUAUGAAUACGAUCUAAUGAUAAGCUAUUGCCAUAGAAAUAAGGAUCUAUGUACGGUUAUUUAUAAUUGUUUAUCGAAGAUGGGUAAAUAUAGAAUUUGGUUUGAUCAAGAGCAAAUGUAUGGUUCAACCAUGGACCGUAUGGCAGAAGGCAUUGAAAAGUCACAUUUAUUCCUAGUCUGCAUGUCGAGCGCAUACAAAAACAGUAAUUCGUGUCAUAAAGAAUGCGAAUAUGCUGAUAAGCGACAGCAUAAAGUACUUUUCUUGAAAGUCGAACCAAAUUAUACGCCAAACGGUUGGUUGGGAUUCUACCUUGGACAACAAUAUUACGUAGAUGUUACCAAACCUGAUUUUCUGACUCGAUUCAAAGAUUUGAUUAAGCAAAUUAGCAUGCAAAGAAAUGAAACCCCUGAUUAUUCAAUGCUGGAUAAAAUUGUUACGGCCGAUGUACAAACUGCUAUCGCGAAUGCGUUACAAAAAAAAUCGGAAGGAAAACUUGGUAAUAGUGAUACUAAUCUUCGUCAUUCGGUUUCAACAAGUACACUAUCGUCAGUAUCAUCCCGAAGUUCAUUGAAUUUCAAUGAUCUUGCUAAAACAAAAAUCGAUGAUGUAUCAAAUAAUUCGAAGACAACUAUGCGAGAAAAUAUGACAUCAGAAAAACUUGCAAAAUAUUACCCGGCGCGGUAUUCGUACAGUAAUAUCAAUGAUGAUCAAGAUUCUCUCAAUGAUAUUGUUGUGAGUAUUUCAACGCCAAGCAUGUUAAGUUUAUCGAAUGAGGGUGACAUAGUUGGACUAAAUGAUCAAGUCGGUGGAUUUAAACUUGAUCUGUUAUCAGCAAUGAUGCCGCAAAUGAAUCGAGAUUCGAUUAGGGUGUCCGACUUGUCUUUGAACACUGAGAGAAGCAGUGUAAAUCAAGACCAAUCAGUCAAGGAUUGGACACGUAACGAUGUGCUUGAAUUUCUCCAGAGAAUCAAUCUUAUGCAUGUAUCUGUAUUAUCUCAAGAUCAAGCAAUUAAUGGACAACGCCUUUUAGACUUCUGCGAAAGUAAUCUGUCACCAUCUCUUACAAUUAUAUCAACAGCUGAUUAUGAACGUUUAAAAUACGAACUGCACAAACUGCUUAGCCCCUAA